UUAUUAUGUUGCCUAGAAAAUAUGCAUCGGGUAGUCAAAAAAGAAAUAAAAGAAAACGAAUUGAUGAGGUGAUUAAAACCCAAAAAGGAGCCAUUAAUAAGUUUCUUAUACCUAGUUCUAGUUCUUCGGUGAAAGAAGUUGAUUUGAUUGAAAAUGAAGAGGUUGAUGCUACUAUUGAAAAUGAAAAUGAAAAUGAGAAUGAGAAUGAGAAUGAGAAUGAGAAUGAGAAUGAGAAUGAGAAUGAGAUUGAGAUUGAGAUUGAGAUUGAGAAUGAGAAUGAGAAUGAGAAUGAGAAAUUGCAUAUAGAAAUUGAUGAUGUUGCUUUGAAUAUAUUUGAUCCAAGAACUUGGGAUAAUAUUGAUAAUAAAACUAGAGAUAUCUUGAUAGAGAAAGGUCCCCUAAGAGAGUACAAUCUCACAUUCCCCGUAGAUGAACUUGGUAGACAUUUUGCAUAUUCUCAUUACACUAGAAAAUUACCAAAUGGUGAGAAUCAAGAUAGAAAAUGGUUAGUGUAUUCAAAAGAUGUGAAUAAAGUAUAUUGCUUUUGUUGUAAAUUAUUUAAAUCAUGUCAAAGUAAAAGUUUGUUGGCAAAUGAAGGAUUGAACGAUUGGAAACAUAUACAUGAUAGACUCAAAACACAUGAGAAUGGUGUCGAGCAUAUUAAUAAUAUGAGAACUUGGAUUGAUUUGCAUAUUAGAUUGAAACGCAAUCAAACAAUUGAUAGAGAUUUACAAUUGCACAUUAAGAAAGAGAAAGAACAUUGGAAACAAGUUUUAGUUAGAAUUAUUGCUGUUGUGAAAUGUCUUGCUACACGUAAUUUGGCUUUUCGUGGGGAUAAUGAGAAAAUUUACCAAAAUAAUAAUGGUAAUUUUUUGGGUUUACUUGAACUAAUUGCAGAAUUUGAUUUGGUAAUGCAAGAGCACUUAAGACGUGUCCAAAAUAAAGAAAUUCACUAUCAUUACCUUAGUCAUAAGAUUCAAAAUGAGUUGAUUUCAACAUUAGCCUCUAAAGUUAAGAAUGAUAUAGUCAAAAAAAUCAAAGAGGCUAAGUAUUAUUCAGUGAUACUUGAUUGCACUUCAGAUAUAAGUCAUAAUGAACAAAUGACUUUAGUAAUUCGAUGUGUUGAUAUGACUAGUUCUAGCAUAAUGAUAAAGGAAUAUUUCAUUGAAUUUAUAAGUGUGGAUGAUACAUCGGGAUUAGCUCUUUUCAAUGAAAUACAAGCUGCUUUAGAAUCACUUGGGCUUGAUAUUGAUAAUGUGAGGGGACAAGGUUAUGACAAUGGUUCCAAUAUGAAAGGGAAACAUCAAGUUGUGCAACGUUUGUAUACUUUAUUUGCAAGUUCUACAAAAAGAUGGAAAAUUUUACAGGAUCACCUUAAUCAAUUUACUUUGAAGUCCUUAUCAACAACAAGAUGGGAAAGUCAUAUUAAUAGUGUUACUGCUAUAAUAACUCAACCUAAUGAGAUAAGAGAGGCUCUAUUUGAAUUAGCAAGAGUAAGUGAUGAUGCUAAAACUAGGAGUGAAGCCGAGUCUUUGGCGACUAAUGAACUUGAGAAUUUUGAGUUUUUGUUGGGUAUGACUAUAUGGCACAAUAUAUUGAACAAAACAAAUUUGAUUAGCAAAAAAUUACAAUCUAAAGAUAUGCAAAUUGAUGUUGCAAUAGUUAUUUUGAAAGGUUUGAUUUCUUAUUUUGAAAAAUAUAGAGAGGAUGGUUUUCAAUCGGCCUUGACAUUAGCUAAGGAGCUUGCAUCUAAGAUGGAAAUUGAUCCUAUUUUUCCACCAAAACGUAUGAUUCGUAGGAAGAAACAAUUUGAUGAAAGUUGCCAAGAAGAGAUUACAUUAUCUGAUGAGGAGUUUUUUAGGAUCAAUUAUUUUCUUGUUAUAGUGGAUAUUGCUAUUUUAUCUUUAAAGACUAGAUUUGAACAAUUGACAAUUUUUGAAGAUAUUUUUGGCUUUUUGUUUCCUCAUAAGAUGUUAUCUUUAUGGGAUAGUGAUAAAUUGCAUAAGUGUUGUGUUAAGCUUCAAGAUGCCCUGAAACAUAAUGAUAAAUUUGACAUUGAUGCUGAAGAUUUAUAUUCUGAAUUGCAAGUGCUACAAAUGUGUUUACCAUCUGAAACAAAAUCGCUUGGUGAGGUUCUUGAAUUUGUUAAAGUUUCAGAUUGCUUUCCAAACGUUUCUAUUGCAUAUAGAAUAUUAUUGACUAUACCAGUUACUGUAGCUUCAGCAGAAAGAAGUUUUUCAAAAUUAAAAUUGAUAAAAUCAUAAUUACGUUCUACUAUGUCUCAAGAAAGGUUGAAUGGAUUAGCGGUUUUAUGCAUUGAACAUGAGGUAUUAGAAAAGCUUGAUCUUGAAGAAAUUAUUGAUGAUUUUGCUUCUCAAAAUGCUAGAAGAUCUAAGUUAUUUUUGUAAUUAUUUCAUUAUUGUUUUCUUGUUUAUUGCACUUUAUAGUUAAUAUUAUAGG